AUGUCUAUCAGUAAAGCAUGUCUGCUACGUCAUCUCUAUGAGGACGAGCUGCUAUUGUUGGAGGAGAUGGAAGAGAAAACAGCCCUAAUAUGGGAAGGAAACUAUUGGGAUGGAGUAUGUCAUGAUUAUGCGGAAUUAUCGUGGUCGACUGUCGCUGUUGUUGUAGCUAAAAUUGCCAAAAUAUUACAGAAAUAUUGCGAGAAAAAGGAUAAAGUUUUAAUUUUAUUGCCAAAUAUAAUACAAUUGCCAUUAAUUGUAUUAGCAGCUGAACGAUUACAGUUAAUCUCCAUCCUUGUGGAUCCGUCUUGCCCUCAAAAGGAAAAUACGUUGAUUGACUUAUUCAAUGAGACGACAAUCAAAUUAAUUAUAACUGUUGAUGGCUUCUGGCAAGGUGAUCAUUUGCAUCAGACGAAACAGAAUAUCGAUCGGAUUUUGAGUGAAAAUAGUUUGUGUGUGAACAAUAUGAUUGUUAUAAGACAUUGUGCUGCCAAUGAUGGAAUUCCACCUCCUGAAAUCGAAUUUCCUGGUCGUCGUCCGUCCUAUCAGCUUAAACUGCUAUUGACGGAGGGACGUGAUGAAGAAUGGAGUCAGCUAUUUCGCAAAAUUAGUGAUAGUACGCAUGAUGUUGUGGACUUCUUCCACAAGUUGAAGGAAGAUGAUGAUGAGCAAGCUGAUGAUCGAAUCAUAGCCAUACUAGCCGACAGAAAAGCCAAUGCUCUCAAUAUGGAAAUGGUUAGUCAAGCUCAACUCACUAGCUCCCUAGAAAAUUUGAAGAAUAUUGAAUUAAAAAAUAAUUUCCCGGAGCAAAUGGUCAUUUUGGCUGUCGGCCAUCCAUCGAAAUCUUUAUUCAAUUUCAUUUCCACCUUCUAUCCCUGGUAUACUGGCAAUACGUUGGUGCAGUAUGAAGGACAUGUUUCUUUUCCGGAUCCGUCACGUAUCAGUCAUAUUAUUAAAAAAUACAAAGUAGAAACUCUUCUAAUAUCAUCUGAUGUAUCAUUGGAUCCGAAUUAUCUGAGCAUUGUUCCUACAUCAUCUCUCUUGAAUGUUGUUGUCGGUGGCAGCGAUGACGUUGACAAUGAUUUUCAGACUCAACUCCAACUUCAAAUACUCAAAUCAGCUUUUCACAAGAUAAUCAUUGAGACGAUUUCAUUGUAA